UCAUGGCGGAUCCGUAAUUUGCUUCCUGAACUUACACCUCAAACUAUUCGUUAUUUCUAACGAAAUGGCUCAUUCUUCAAAGUCAUUCAAGUCAUAUAUUGAUCUUGGAUCAUCGUCUAGUUGCCCCAUCGGGAGAAAUGACAUUGUCGACGACCGAGGACGAUCAUCAUUUAUCUCCUACAUCGACUCGGAUUCUGCAAAAUGUGAUUCUGCACUAUGUGCUCCUCUUAGGAAAGAUGCAAAGCGAAAUAAGGAGUCAUUCAAAUCCUAUCUGAAUUUGGAUGACGUGGACUCGCGUUCACUGACCGCUCCAGAUGGCAAAGAAAUCAGCGUUCCGCCUGCCUAUGAGACGAAACUGGAGCCAGACCUUCUUCCCGGUGAGGUAGUCAUCGCCAAGACGACGUCUGUCCUGAAGUUCAGUUCAUUCACUGAUCAGAAGCAAGGGAUCGUGGGAUCGUUAUUCUGCACAAACUUCCGGCUGAGCUAUGUGACAGCGGACGCAUCCUUGUUUGCGAUGGACGACGGGAAACAAAGGAAUCGGCUCAUUGGUGAACAUGAUAUUCCUUUGAUGUCCAUUGAUGCCGUCUAUGAAGUGUCGAAAGGAAAAAGGAAGAAACUGCUACCAGCUUCGAGUAUUGUGAAGAGGGCUAAGCACUUGGAGAUUCACUGUAAAGACUUCCGCGUUCACUCAUUUGGUUUCAAACUUGCAAGCAAAGAGGAGGGAAAAGUGUUUGUGAAUGCAAUACUCUGCCAUGCAUAUCCAGCCAGACUUGACCUACUCUAUCUCUUUGGAUACAACAAGGCAGUGAAAACGCGACGGGUGAACCCAAUUGCUAGUCCAAAGCGUCGGAGUGAUCCUGACCAGGUCUCACAAUCAACCGUGCCAACUUUCCGAACGAUAGCCGACUGGGAGGCAGAGCUGUCACGAUGUAAUGCGGGAAAACAUUGGCGGGCUGCUUGGAUGAACCAGGGCUUCCGUUUGAGUAAUACCUUACCAGAAACGUUUGUUGUGCCAAAGUAUACAAGCAAUGCAGAUCUCGUGCAAGUGUGCAUAUUAUUUGUGGACAGUCGAGUCCCUAGUUGGUGCUAUACUUACCAGAAUGGAGCAUCCGUCGUCAGAAUGGCAAAUCUUCUUCCCGAGGCUGAACAGGUGGAAAAGGAACAGAUACAAGCUAGCAAGAAAAGGUUGAUAAACGGUAUAGAUCGGACAUGUCCUGGCAAGAAAGGCGUCACGUCACAUGUGGAAGAUCUGAAUAAAUGUCCGCCCCCAAAGGACAUCAAGACCAGUUUAGAAAAACUGAAGGAGAUACUGUCCCCAGUUUCUCUGAAAGACUUUUGGACCACUGAUCGCUGCUGGUUAUCCAGUCUCGAGGCAACGAAGUGGCUAUCGUCCGUCAGCCAGUGUUUGGAGAUCGCCGAGCGACUGGCUACCAUAGUGGUCGAGGGGAACAGAAAUGUGAUAUUACAAGAGUUCGAUGGCCGUGAUUAUUCUUGUGUGAUCGCGUGUCUGAUCCAGAUUCUCAUCGACGUGCACUGCAGGACAAUCAGCGGUUUCCAAUCCCUUGUGCAGAAGGAGUGGGUGGCGAUGGGACACAAAUUCACCCAGCGACUAGGCAUCACCGCUAAGAAUGAACAAGAGGAGUCUCCAAUUUUCCUUCUCUUCCUCGAUUGUGUCUGGCAGCUUCUUCAGCAAUUCCCAUCAUCGUUUGAAUUCUCUGAGACCUACUUGACAACGCUGUGGGACUCGGCGCACAUCGGACUUUUCGGCAACUUCCUAUUCGACUGCGUGCACACAUCGAGUAAACUUUGCAAGGAGCAACUGAAAUUAGAAUCUGUCUGGAAUUGGCACGUGCAAUUCUCAGAUAAGGACCUGGCUCUGUUUAAAAAUCCUCUGUUUCUGGCAAAGAACAGUGAGGAACUGUCAACAAUGAACAAAAAACUGGCAGCAAUAACCAACUCCUUGAACAAUGACAACUUUAAGAAGAAAUUGUACUUGCUGUAUUUGAAUCGAGAGGCCACGGAACAUGGUGUGGUCUUGAAACCACAAGUUAUCGCGCCGAUGCUGAAACUCUGGUCGCAGUGUUAUUUGCGUUGGUCAUCACCAGUGGAAAUAUAUGGAGGAGGCGCACCGUCGGAAUAUUUUCAACAGUGCGUUCUGGUGGAAGAAGUCCUGUGUCUGAAGCACAAGUUGGCAAAUCUUGAGAAAGCGUCCGCGUCUGAUGCUAACAAGAGGUACCAGAAUACACCAAAGAGCGAGCUGUUCUUCAGCUUCAAUACGCAGCAGACGCCAAGAUCCAGCAAGAUGUAUUCCGAUGUCCUGACCUCAUCAUUCCCGUUCUCUCCAGGUGGCCUGAACAAAUCAAAUGCGGGCACCCCCCUGAGCUUGUACUUGGAGGGUAGUGAAUUUGGGCCUAUCAACUUGAAUGAUUCUGAAGAUUUGUCCGGGUCGUAUCUUGAUGAUUAGAUGUCCAUGUUUAGUAAACUUGACUUAAAGGCCCAGUACUUAUGUCUAAAAUGAUAACCUCUGAAUUUGAAUCGGAAUCUUCCAUUUGUGUAUAUACAUGUAUACUUCUACAGAGAGAAAAACUUCACAACUGGCUUAUGAUCCUCUACAUUACAAUUAUGGGUAGGUCAGUUUUAUGUCUUCGCAGAUAUAGUUGUACUGGGCCUUUAAACUUGAUAAUGGGUGAACAUUUUCUUCGCAACUUUUUUGGUGAUCUACUUUCUUUCAAGUUAUGGACCAUACUGACGUAUGUGCAAUCUUCCAAUUUUCAGAACCAAAAAGUUAUUUGUAAGAUAUCAAUCCAUUCGUCAGAGUUCACAGAUCCAAAGAGAGGUAUCGACUUUUCAUCGUCAGACAACUUCUUGACGUUGAAAGGGAUUUUUGUGCAAUUUUGCUAAAUCUCUGAUGGGUGCAUACAAAAUGUUGCACAGGCAACCUGACUGAAUGGGAGUCGCCCGGCAUUACAGACCUCUGUUUCGCAGGGGUGUGUAGGUGUCCUCCUCUCCACUGUAGUGUUGCAGUUAGGAAGGGUAGUGCAGAAAAGGGCUCGGGUAAAAAGGCAGGGUGCAACGGCAUGCUUUAAAAGGAAAUGCAUUGGCCACUCAUGAAAUAUAUUGGGCAAUAAGAGAAAAUUGAGGAAAGGAAGGGUGUCGCACCCUGCUAAAACUCGAGCUGAAACACUGUCCAGUAUGCACCGAUAUGAAAAAUAGGCCUUAAUUUUCUUAGCUCCUCAUGUGUACAUACAUAAGUAUGACCCCUGGUAGCUCAUUGAAUUAUUCACCCAAGAGGUUUUUUGCCACAUUCAUUUAAAUCCAGUAUUAUUAUUUUAACACAAUGGAUAUGUUGAGAAGACACUUUUAUUUUUGUGUCCUACUUAGGUUAGAUGCUUUAACCUUCUGAGCUAGUGUGGUGGGGCAAUGUAGUUGUAUAGAAAAUUUUAGUUAUAAUAUCUUAAUGGUUUUACCCUUGGAAAAUGCACCCAUUUGCAGAAAUAAAUGGAUGCAAAAUCUGAGAAUGAUGCUUUCGCGAACAAAUAGAGUAGCGAAAAUGGAAUGAUUUACAGUUCGUGUGUCAAAUAUUAUCAAAUUGAAAAAUCUGAAAAUCAUGUCUCUACAAGAACCUUGUCCAUUAUCAAAGUUAUGGAGUGGUGUUGUUGAUUUCAUUUCAUGUGGUAAUACAGACUUCAAUUUUAAUUUCAAUGCCAUGUGAUAUUGUGGUAUGUUACAUUUGGUGUUAUUACUGCCAUGCAGUAAUAUGAUGUGAUACAUGUAUCUCCGAGCCGCCUGUUCUUACAAUUCAUUUUGAUGUACGCUGCACACUUUUUGGGGGCUUUGUACGUAUGACAAUUGGUAUAAAUUUUUAGCCAAAACAGAAAAAGUUAGCAUGACGUCACACGAUGUCAGUGACGUCACAUAUGGCAUCUUCUGUGAUGCAAGACAUAAAAGUGAAAUUGUCUGUUUUCUGCUUUUGUCUCCGUUACAAUUUUUCAUACAGCUGUAAAGGGUACUUCGUCUUUACAUUUAAACACAGUAAAAUGUCCAGCUUGCAAUUUACUCCAUUUCCGAAAUUUGCAGGGUACCCCCCUUUACUAAUGUAGUGCCAAAUGAAUAGGCAUGUUGAUUUCCUAAUGUAGUUUCUAAAUUUAAAGGACAUCAGGGUUAGGAGACAUUUAUAAAUCGGUCACUAGCCAUAGCCAUAUCCUAUAUAUAUGUACAUAUAUGAAGAACAACAAGUAACAUAUUAGAGUGGUUUUAAACCAAGUGGGGUGAUGUUGACCUGCCCAUUUUUCAUCCAAAUUGAAAAAUUUGUAUCCCUCAGGAAUCACAGUACCGGUACUGGUCAAGUAUAUGACAGAAGCUCUUCUGCUGCAUGACUAUUAAAAAGUUUGGUCUAUUUUGUGACACGGGGAAAAUCCGGUGUUGUCCAAUUUAGACGUCAUUCUAACAUGAUGUCAAGUGGACAUCAUCCUUUCCCGUUAUUGCUGUACAUUUGAUGCCAAAUGGCCUGUCAAAGUCGAGUCUCCCCAUUUUUCUGUCCUGUAAAUGUAGCUAGUUAUUGCUAAUGGCUUAUAGCUUUCUUUGCAACUGAUAAUCUACCUUAACCUGGCUGGUCCAGUGAGCAGUCUAGUACCUGCACAUGUUCAUCUACCCUGAAAAAGUAAGUCGAAUAUAUACCAACUGUAACAACCUUUACACUUUCAGCACCCAAGGUUAACCCCCAAAUACCCCUUUUCAGACCCCCAUAAAAAAUUAUCUAUCAGAAAAAGCUCAACUACAAGGUUUUUUGCAAAAAUUUCCCCAAGACCAGAGUUUGCUGAAUCAGCUGAUAAAAGAUUACUAUGCCCCCUAGCUGUAUUUUAUUUUUCGGCCUAUUUUCAGGUUAAAUAGUGACAAAAAGUGACCAAAGUGACCCCCUUUUCGGCACUCCCCGACCCCCUGAAAAAUUUCCCUCAGUCCGAAUCACUCAACUGAUUCUAAAAGAGUCAGUUCCUUCAUCACCCUGAAGAUGGCGUUUGUGUAAAGGUCAGUUCCUUCAUCACCCUGAAGAUUUUCAGAUUAAAUAGUGACAAAAAGUGACCAAAGUGACCCCCUUUUCAGCACUCCCGACCCCCUGAAAAAUUUCCCUCAGUCCGAAUCACUCAACUGAUUUUAAAAGAGUCAGUUCCUUCAUCACCCUGAAGAUGGCGUUUGUGUAAAGGUCAGUUCCUUCAUCACCCUGAAGAUGGCGUUUGCGUUUUAACGUUGAAGCCUUGAGAGAACUGAUGAGCGGCUGGAGGGGUAUUUUGGGCCCAUUGGGUAACGCUGAAAGUGUUAAGUGUGCUUAUCAGUCACAUGAAGAGAGACAUUUGACCCCGAGCUCCGGCCUGUAGUACUCGUUUUAGGGUGAAUGCAGGAAUUUUUUACCAUCAUUGUCCACAAAGAAGUGAUGAUUCAGAUGUUUUAAUCAGUUUACUUAAGUUUCAAAACCUUGGAUAUAUUCAUACACAUUGUGUACAUUAUUUCAUGUAAAUUACGUGUAAUCGAAAGGCAAUGCUUUUAGAACUGUAUCUUCCGAAAUGAUAUAUUUGUGAUUAAAUAAUAAAGUGAUAUUUGUAAA